AACAAGUAGAUAGUAAUUAAAAUCGAAGGAAAAAUGCUUUCCCAGAUUUCGGCAUCACUCUCUCACCCCUCUUCUCUCACCGCCACCACCGCCUUCUCCUUCCGCUCUUCGCUCAGACCCAAAUUGCGUUCCUUCUCCUUCAAUUUGCAGGACCGCCGCUUCUCCACCGUCGUUUGUAUAGAUGGAAGUUCUUCUCCCGCCGCAGCUUCCGCGGUCUCUGUUUCCGAAGAUUUGAAUGAUCAAACUUUGAGAAAUAACGACGGGAAUAAUUAUGGUUAUGGUGUUGGUGAUAAUGCUAAGAAUAUUGAUAGUAGUAAUCAAAAUAAUGUUAAGUUGAAGCUGGAAGAACUGAAGUGGGACCACUCGUUUGUUCGUGAGCUGCCGGGUGAUCCUAGGACCGAUUUAGUUCCGCGGCAGGUUUUUCGUUCUUGUUAUACAAAAGUUUCUCCUUCAGCUGAGGUCGAUAAUCCUCAACUUGUUGCAUGGUCAGAUUCGGUUGCGGAGUUACUUGACUUGGAUCCUAAAGAAUUCGAAAGGCCUGAUUUUCCACUGAUAUUCUCUGGGGCAUCACCUUUAGUUGGAGCGAUGCCUUAUGCUCAAUGCUAUGGGGGACAUCAGUUUGGGAUGUGGGCUGGUCAGUUGGGUGAUGGCCGGGCAAUUACACUAGGAGAAGUUCUUAAUUCCAAGUCACAGAGGUUGGAACUGCAACUUAAGGGUGCUGGGAGGACACCGUACAGUCGGUUUGCUGAUGGUCUUGCAGUCUUACGUAGUAGUAUCCGAGAGUUCCUCUGCAGCGAGGCAAUACACAGUCUAGGGAUCCCAACAACGCGUGCGUUGUGUUUAGUGAAAACUGGAAAAUUUGUUACUCGAGACAUGUUUUAUGAUGGCAAUCCAAAGGAUGAGCCCGGUGCAAUUGUUUGCAGGGUCGCCCAAUCCUUUCUUCGCUUUGGUUCAUACCAGUUACAUGCUUCAAGAGGGAAGGAUGAUAUUGGUCUUGUUCGCACUUUGGCUGAUUAUGCCAUUAGGCAUCACUUCCCCCAUUUAGAGAACCUCAGCAAAAGUUACAGCUUAUCUUUCAGUACUGGCGAAGGAGAUGAUUCAGUUGUAGAUUUAACUUCAAACAAGUACGCAGCUUGGGCGGUGGAAGUCGCGGAGCAUACGGCUUCCUUAAUUGCAAACUGGCAGGGUGUUGGCUUUACCCAUGGAGUGCUGAACACAGAUAACAUGAGUGUGUUGGGACUCACCAUUGAUUAUGGCCCUUUUGGUUUCUUGGACGCUUUUGAUCCCAGUUACACUCCAAAUACUACUGAUCUUCCAGGCAGAAGGUACUGCUUUGCAAAUCAACCCGAUAUUGGUUUAUGGAACAUUGCGCAGUUCGCCACAACUAUUUCUGCUGCCCAGUUAAUAAAUGACAAGGAGGCAAACUAUGCCAUGGAGAGAUACGGGACAAAGUUUAUGGAUGAGUAUCAAGCUAUAAUGACCAAAAAAAUCGGUCUGCCGAAGUACAAUAAGCAGUUGAUCAGUGAACUACUUAAAAACAUGGCUGUUGAUAAAGUAGACUACACCAAUUUCUUUCGGUUGCUUUCAAAUAUCAAAGCUGAUCCAACCAUUCCAGAAGAUGAGCUAUUGAUUCCUCUGAAGGCUGUUCUGUUGGAUAUCGGCAAGGAGCGCAAAGAUGCAUGGACUAGCUGGGUGAAAUCCUACACACAAGAGCUUUCUGCCAGCGGCAUCUCUGAUGAGGAGAGGAAGACAGCAAUGAAUUCAGUAAAUCCCAAGUACAUCCUUAGAAACUAUUUAUGUCAAAGUGCCAUUGAUGCAGCAGAACAAGGCGAUUUUGAAGGGGUUCGCCGGCUACUAAAGGUUAUGGCUAGGCCGUAUGAUGAGCAACCGGAGAUGGAAAAAUACGCCUGCUUGCCCCCUGCUUGGGCUUCUCGUCCAGGCGUUUGCAUGCUUUCUUGUUCUUCUUGAGUUGAUCAAUAGAGUGAUGCGUAAUAUGUACAUAAAAAGUAUGUAUGCUGAUUUUUGUUUGUAAUGACCUGUAAAUGCUGUAGCUUUCCACGCUUAGAUUUCUUUUUCUCGUCCUUGGGGCUUAGUUCGUGCAGGUUCAUGUGUAUCUUUUUGUUGCAAAUUACUUCCACAGGUUUGGUUGCUAGGUUGAUUUCAACAUUCGACUAUGGCUAGUGGAGAUUUCGUCCUCUGGUCUUAGAGAAUAUUAAGCAAGAGAAGCUCAUUACUUGCAAAAUGGGGUGAGAAUUGCCAGUAUAACAAACAGAAAACCUCUUAUCGACUGUAGAAAAAUUGAUCUUACCUCAACAACUGUAGCCUGAGGGAAAGAUAGAACUAACUAAUCCACUGCAACAUUGUUUUGGAACUCCUCAGAAACACCGGCCAAACUUGACGCUGAAUGCCCAUCUCAGGUAUACAAGACCACACCUCAGGGAUAUGGUUGUUAUGCGACUUCUGAAUGAAUAUGAUCUCCCAAGAUUGUUUACCAUUCAGGAAAUGUGAGUUUCUUGAAGCCGUGAGAUCUGGAAGAAAGGCAUCCUCAAUUACUCUGAGGCGCUUAAGCUGCAGGAGAAGUUGACAUCUGAUAUAAAAAUGCACAAGAUUACUGAUACCCUGCUGUCCCUACAUCAUCCACCCACAUAUACUCUUGGCAAAAGGCAAACUGAUCACAAUGUAUUGGCUCUGAGGCUAACUUAAGGCUAUGGGUGCAGAACUUCACUACACGCAACGCGGAGCUGAUGUCACAUUUCAUGGUCCACACCAGGUGAAACGGGGGUUUGGGUUGGUCAGAGAAAGAUUGUUGCCAUCGGGGUUCGUAUAUCUGCUGGAAUUACGUCCCAUGGGUUGGCAUUUAGUGUCGAUCCUGAUUUGAGCUACUUCAAGCAUAUCGUGCCGUGUGGGAUUUCAGAUAAAGAAGUCGCGUCUUUGCAAAAAGAGGUACCAGAUGCUUCCUCCUGAUGAAGUUAUUCAUGAUCAGUUGAUUACAUGUUUUUUUAAAACAUUUGGCUACACAAAUGUUAUAUGGAAAGAUGGUUCAUUCGUGUCCUCAGAUUGUAGAAACAACUGAUGGAGUUGCACUAUACUAAAACUUUCAUUCUGUAUUUUGUUUGGACAUGCAAUCAACAAAUGUUGUUUGUCUCAUGUCAAUAAUAUAAAAGUGCUAUUCAUGUAGGA